UCCCAGUCAGAAAUAUCUGAUCACAAGAAGUAUUUUUGUUUUGACUAAUUUUCACCAAAAAUUCUAAUAAACACCUAAUUCACGGCGAAAAUGGGACCCAAAAAGGCCCAAAAAAAAAACUGAACGGCCAUUUUUCUUCUCCUAACAACACACUGUAUCCUACCCCUCUGUUCCGUUGACUCGUUCUUUCCACGACUCGGCUAACAUCGACCUUUCCCCUCUCGCAACAUUGAAAAACAAAGGCUCACCCCAUUUCCCAUUUGCUUCCUUUUCUCUCUCUGUCUCAUGGGCAUGGCUGCUCCUCCCUCUUCUCUUCUUCUUCUCAUCUGAUUUUUCUUUUUCCUUAAUGGAUCGAAGUCCUCAAGCAGUAAUAGCAGCGAUUAUAAGCUUCUUUUUAGUAUCUUUAAUCUUAUCUUUCAUUAUCUUAAUCUGCAAAUCAACCAAAAAAACCACCCGCCCAAACCCUCCUCAAACCCGAUCCUUAACCGGAACCCGGACCGCCCCUAACCCACCCGACCUCACGACAUGCGACAGCGCCGCCUUCGACCCUUCUCUCAACCGUCUCGACAUGGCGGAACUCGCCGCCGCCACAAAGAACUUCUCCUCCGACCUCAUCAUCGGCGACGGAAGCUUCGGCUACGUUUACAAAGCUACUCUCUCUAGCGGAGUCACCGUCGCUCUUAAAAAGCUCGACCCGAAUGCUUUUCAGGGGCUCCGAGAGUUUCGAGCUGAGAUGGAAACCCUAGGUAAGCUUCGCCACAAAAACAUCGUUAAGAUUCUGGGGUUUUGCUCGUCGGGUCUUGAUCGGGUUCUGAUUUAUGAGUUUAUUGAGAGAGGGAGUUUGGAUAUGUGGUUGUACGAUGAGGAACAGGAAAACUCGGUUGGCCGGUUACCCUUAUGUUGGGAUACGAGGAGGAAAAUAGUCAGUGGGAUAGCAAAUGGGCUGGCGUAUUUACAUGGCCUUGGUACGCCCAUUAUCCAUAGAGAUAUCAAGGCUAGCAAUGUCUUGUUGGAUGACGAUUUCGAGGCCCAUAUUUCUGAUUUUGGGCUCGCUCGACAAGUCCAGGAAGCCCAUUCACACGUGUCCACUCAAGUAGCCGGGACAAUGGGUUACAUGCCACCGGAGUACCGGGAAGGGAACACUGCAGCCACAGUUAUGGCGGAUGUUUACAGUUUCGGAAUAUUGAUGAUCGAGAUUGCCACACAAAACCGGCCCAAUUGGCCGGUGAGGUUCGAAGGGAAAGACGUCGGACUGGUUGAGUGGGCUAGAAAAAUGAUGGCCCAAAAUCGACAGAUAGAAAUGGUAUAUCAAAAGAUUCCAAGGAAAGGCUUAAUUGAAGAUGAGGUGAAGGAGUAUUUCCGAAUUGCAUGUAUGUGUACUAAUGAGGUAUCCAAAGAAAGGCCUGCCAUGAAUCAAGUUGUUGAGCUGUUGAAUCAAAUUUCAACGUGAAUUUCCAAUUAGUUGGUAAAUGUUCUCCCUUCAUAAGAAUGUUGGUAUUGUUUUGUUUAUGGUCUUGUCUUUCUUUAACAGGGGUGAGAUCAUGUGAAAUAUUUAAAUAGCUUAUAAGCAUUAAUUAGGUAUAAUAUUCGCCAAAUAUAUAUAUAUAUAUAUGUGUGUGUUUAUAUUUUCGUACAAAGUAGUUAUAGUAUGAUUAUUACAAUAUUCAUCAAAUAUAUAUAUUUUUAUAUUUAAGGAAUAUAGGAUGUGUUUGAUAUAUAAUAAUAUGAUAAGAUAAGACAAAAUGAUAUUAUAAAUAAAAUUAAAUUAAAUAAUGUCAUUUUAUCUUGCGUUUGAUAUAUGCAAGAAUUAAAAUAAGAUAAUCUAU